AUGUCCAACCACCAAGACCCAGCUUCCGAACCUUCCCUCGAAUCACCACGCCCGACCGCUGUACCAGCAUCCACACCUGCCGCUCCGCCUUCCGCUUCCGAUUCGACGCAGGUCCCAACCUCUGAGCCUCUCGAGCAUCCUUCGAGCGCCUCUACGACACUACCUGCCCCUGCUCAUCUACCGCAGCUGGAUCGGUGUGCUCGCGACUCGUCUUCGUCCCUCUCGCCCGCACCUUCAUCAACCCCUUCUGCGCACUCUCCGCAGAUCUCUCAAUCGGCUCCAGCAGCUUCCGAGAGUCAUAGCACACGCUCCGGUCAAGCUUCUGCUUCUGCGCGAGAAUCCACCGUUCCAUAUCCUGAGCGAUCGCCUUCGAUCCAACACUGCCCGCCUCCAUCCGACUCGCUUCGAACGCCUCCACCACAUCAUCGCCCGCUCGCUAGUGGUCAGGUAGCUCCGAGACCCGAUUCGCUUCCGGGUCAACCUUCCGCUUCGAGCGCGCAGCAAGGUCAGCCACACGGCUUCCAUCCACCCCAAUCUUCGCCGUUCCCCAGCGAGGAAGGCCGCGUCGCAGCGCACGUAUCACAGGCUCGUCUUCUUCCGACGCCAUCCACGCCAGCAGCUGUCCACUCAGGCUCACAGUUCCCGCAUCAUCAGCAGCACCAGCCGAAUCCGCACGGAUCGAGUCCGCAAAAGCGAGCCAAGCAUUCAGCGCACGCAUCUUCUCAGCACCCGUCUGCGCCUAGUCAUCCUCAGGCUCACUUCGUCAACCAUCCACGCCAGCCUGAGCAUCAUCGCCUAGCUCCUCUGCCGCUGCCCUCCCAAGUGUCUCCUCCCUGGCACCGAUCCGGAUCACAGCCCGUGCCGUCAAGCCAGACUGGUCCAACUCGUGUCGCAGGCCGAGAGCAUCCACAACUACGACAAGCUUUUGCCUUUCAUCCUUACCCCUUUCCUCCCAACCACGGCCCUCCGCUUCGCCCUCCUCACAUUUCUUCAGCCAUGGAGAAUCCCGCACAGCUAGCUCAGGCACAAGCCCAAGCACAGGCCCAGGCCCAGGCACAAGCCCAGGCUCACGCGCAAAUGCAGAUGCAGAUGCAAGCCCAGAUGCAAGCGCACGCCCAGGCGCAGCAGCAGGCUCACAACUUGCGACGGAAGAAUGCGCAGGAUAUUCUCGUCGGCCAGGGCUUCCGUGGCUUGAAACGCGGACGUCCCACCGAUCGCAGCCUCCCGCCUUCCCUGAAGCGCCAGGUGCCCGAGUCGGCCUUCUACGCGGAUCUGCAGCGCAUGGAGAAGAACUUGGACUGGACCGUCGCUCGAAAGCGCGCCGAGCUUACCGACGGGCUCUCGCGAACGCCCAAAAUCAAGCGAACCUUGCGCAUCUUCCUUAGCAACACAUGCGCCAACCAGCCAUUCCAGAUGGCGGAGAAGCAGAAGGCGAAGGAGCCUUCGGCUAGCACAGCAAACGCAUCGGCGGAGAAUGCCGACAGCACCGAAAGCAAGGCUGAGGGUGCUUCGAAAUCGGCAGAGUCCAAGGAGGGCGAAGAGGAGGAGGACGCCGUGCCUUCGUGGACCCUGCGCAUCGAGGGCCGUCUGCUCGAACCUUCUUUCAAGUCGCGCGCCAACACCGCGCUGUCGGCGCAGGCGAGCAUCAACCGCACCGGAGCGCACAAGUUCAGCAAUCUGGUCAAGACUUGCGUCGUCGAGCUCCAGCGCGAUCCGGCGCUGUACCCGGACGGCAGCAACAUCGUAGAGUGGCACCGACCCGUGCCUUCCGUUGCACCAGCGAGCGGCAUGCAGGCCGGCGGAGGUGCCGGAGGAUUAGGAGGUACCCAGGGCAUGGAGGCGCCAUUGGUCGCCAGCGCCGAGCCGGCAUUGGACGGCUUCGAAAUCAAGCGCAAGGGCAACGUCCCUACCAAGGUCAAGAUCGUGCUCUACCCUGCCUACACGCCCGAACGCUACUCGCUCGCCCCAGAGCUCGCCACGCUUCUCGACAUCAAAGAAGAGUCUCGCGCUGGUGUCAUCUCGGCACUCUGGUCGUACGUCAAGGAGAAGAAGCUCCUCGACGAGACAGACCGUAAGAAGGUCAAGUGCGACGCCGCGCUCCGAUCGCUCUUCAACACCGAUACGAUCAACUUCCACCACAUCCCCGAGGUCAUCAACCGCUAUCUGCACCCCGCACAGCCGGUUGUGAUCGAGUACUGGGUCCGCACCGACAAAGCCGAGUACAAGCACUCGACUGCCUACGAUAUCGAGCUUGACCUCGAGGACUUGGCGAUUCGACAGAAGCAGCACAGCGUCCUUGCGCAGUUCGACACUGCCAAUGACGCCACCUCUCGCGAGAUCGCCGAGCUCGACGACAAGAUCGCCCAGGCCGCAGCGACGAUUCGCAACCGCGCAAGCGCUCGUGACUUCCUCGCUGCGUUUGCCAAGAACCCGCAGGAGCACCUGCGCACCUGGAUCGCAAGUCAGGCUCGCGACCUGGACGCCAUCCUAGGCAACAACCCGGUGCCGGGCGCGGCCGGAUCCGUGUCCAGCUUCACUGCCGAGGAGAUGCGCCGAGCAGAGACCUUCCGCGCCGCGUGGGUCGACGAGGCGGUGAUCGUCAACGAGGCACAGAGGCUCGCUGAAAAGCUGCAGGAGCUUCAGUCGCAAGGCGCGCAGCCGCAGCCAGGCCAGCCUUGA